CAAUCGUGUAAACGUCAAAACAAAAUGUAGAAGGGGUUGAUUAAUAAAUUGUAAUUUAACUAUAUUAAAAUUGUUGAAUCAAGAUAAAACAAUUACUGCGAUUAUAAUGUCGUCGAGAGUGUUGCGAAAACUACAAGGUGAUAAAGAGAAAGAGCUCGCCGAAGAAAUUUCGGACACAGAAACUGACACACCAGUAAGUGGUGGAGCUAGAAGAAAGCAGCUAAAUAUUAAUCGCUAUGAUUUGCUAAAUCAGCAAUCUCAUUCUGAGAGUGAAGUCAAAGAGGAUGACAAUGAAACAGAAGCAGCAAAAUCUUGUGAAGGAGAGCAUCAUGAGAUCAAAAGAAAAAAGAAAAAGAAGAAGAAAAAGUCUGGAAAACAUACCAAUACUCAAAGAAGUAGUGAAGAUAAUGCUGAUGUUGAUGAGGUAGAAAAAUCACUGAGGGAAGUAAAUAAGAUUCUAGGGGAAAAUUACGCUUCUAAGGCUUCAACUGUUCCGAAUGUAAAACAUGAAAAAGUUAACUUUAAAAAGAACACUUUAUCCGUUCAGCAUAAACACUUAAACCCAAACAAUGAACUCAAAAGGAUAUUUGGAUCAAAGAUCGUUCAGUGUGAUCAUAAACGUAAAAACCGAGGCAGGGGCCACGUCAAACAAACGACGAUGGUCAACUGCAAGGAAAACUACCCAAACGCCGGAAAAUCCGGUCUUUCGAUGUCAUAUCUAGAGAACAAAAACAACAUCCACUAUUUUACGUAUGAGCACAGCCAGAGUUACAGACAAGUACAAAAUAAAUUCUUGGACGCCGUGGAGAGUCUCAAUCCCGACAACAUAGUUGCCAUAUUGAACGAACAUCAGUACCAUGUGGAUGCCUUGAUUCAACUCUCUGACGUCUGCGAAUUGAGCGAACAUCUGGCAACUGCGGCCGAGCUUAUAGAGCGGGCAUUGUACUGUUUGGAAUAUGCGUACCAUCCUCUGUUCAAUGUAGCUCAAGGAAACUGUAGGUUAGAUUAUAGAAGGCAAGAGAAUAGGGCACUGUACAUAGUGAUAUUCAAACAUUUGAUGUUUAUCGGAGGAAAAGCAUGUUACAGAACUUCCUUAGAGUUUUGUAAACUGUUGUUGUCUCUAGAUCCAGAUGGAGAUCCUCUAGGAAUUGUAUUAUCCAUAGAUUUUUAUGCCAUACGCGCCAGAGAAUACCAGUGGUUGAUCGAUUUCGUCGAAGAAUGGGACGGGGCCAAAAAUCUGAUGUGGUUGCCAAAUUUCGCGUAUUCCUUGGCCGUGGCGCAUUUCUAUCUCGGAGACAGCGCAAAGGCCGAUUUAAUACUACAAGAAGCUCUUCUAAAAUUCCCCGGUGUACUACUACCUUUGCUAGAUAAGUGCAGCGUUCAGACUGACAAUAGAGUCGCUAGUCAUCAAUUUUUUGUUACUGCUGAUGAUGCCAAAAGGCAACCCACAGCACUGACCCAAAUAAUACUCCUAUAUGUAAAUAGAAGCUAUCACAUAUGGAAAGACAGCGAUCUGCUGCCUUGGUUGGAAAAGAACGUGCACGAAGCUUUAGACAGAGUAGAGAAAAACGAUGCGGUAUUGAAAGAGUACGAAGCGAAAAGAUUGAAGAGUUUCCACGGAAAUCUACCUUUGAGUAUAUCUCGGCACAUCCUACUGGCAAACAUUAAAGGAAUAUCUCCAAUGACUGAUGAAAAUAGUGGAACUGUCACGAGUUUUGAUCCAUUACCACCUUCGGAUUCCAUUAGUUUAUACACUAGACCAAAACGACCAACGCUGGCACAGCAUGCGGGGGGUAAUACCUUGAGCAUAUUCUUCAGAUCAAUUUUGCCAAAUUUCAAUCCAAACUUACCCGACCCUGUGCGCGAUGAUGAUGGAGCUCGAGCAUUACCCGCAGGUGAGAACAACAUGGAACUAGGUGAUUUGAGAAGUAGUGUAGCUUCAUUAGUGGAUGCCAUGAGGGAUUUGCUGAGCAAUAUUCGGCCGGAAGUGCCAAAUGACGCCGACGCGGAGGAAAAUGACGAUUCCGCAGAUGACGACGACUUGACAUGAUUUAAAUUCCUUUUAUUUAUGACGUUUACGUAGGAUAAAAUAAUAUUAAAUAUAAAGCUUUAAAACUA